UGAUAUGAUUAUUAAGAAGAAAGUUCCCCAACGGGUGCAGAAACGUAAUGAAAUUCAAAUAGAGCAAAUUUUCGCACAGAGAUUGGGGCUGAGUGAGAGAGAUCGCGUGUUACAGAAUCGGGGAGUGUACUCACGUCACGGCUAUGGCGAUGGAGCUAGAAAGGGCUGUGCGGCUGGAGUUUCCUUUUUGGAGUCCGGCUCGUAGACGGUACGGUCCAGAUGAUCCCUUUUUUGCUGCUGGCAACAUCGAAAGACAACUUCUCGCCAAACAGGUAGCACUGGAUUUGACUGAAGCAGAGAAGCAGGUGGUUCGAAAUAUGGAUUACGGAGAAAGCAGUGAUGUCUUCUGUCCAAUCAUUGGGUGUUGUGCAUGGUUGCGGUCUUUGGAUGACUUUGAAGAUCACUACAAUGCACGGCAUUCUGCAUCUUGCUCCGUCUGCUCGAGAGUUUACCCCACAUCACGCCUGCUGAGCAUACAUAUAUCUGAAGCUCAUGAUUCAUUCUUUAAGGCAAAAGUUGCCCGUGGGUUUGCCAUGUAUGAAUGCCUUGUGGAAGGCUGUGGUGCUAAACUGAAUAGCUACAAAAUCCGGCUACAGCACCUGGUUGACAAGCAUAAAUUUCCAGCUUCCUAUGAGUUCUUCAGAAAAGCCCAUCCAUCAAAGAAAAGAAGACAGAAAAACCAACUGCGGCAAGCAUCAUUUAAGACAGAGCAAGACUCGAAUGCAAUGCAAGUGGAGGAUAUGGACAAACUUGUUUCAGCAGUCUCAAAAUUAAGCACUUCAGACUCUCCUUCGACCAUCAGUUUUGGUCGUAAUAGAAAUCGUGGCUUGGCUUUCAUGCCUCGAGCAGUUCAGUGUGAGAGAAGACCAAGACCAGACUCCUCCCAGUCCUCCUCAGUUGGUGGUGCAUUAAAUCGGAGAAAGUAACAGGAGGUUAGGGGUGCAUCUGAUUUGAGUUGUUUUAUUGUAUGGAGUCAAAUUUUAGACUUUGUUUGACCAAUACGCUUCAUUUCGUUUUGUUGAUUAUGAAUUAUGAGAGUAGCCUGAGACGAUUGUCUAUUUUGCAAAGGAGGUAUGAAAAAGAAGUAAAGGAGCAGGAUUUUCAUACAUUA